UUUACUAUUGUUGAAAGCAGUGGAUGAGAUGAAUGGGAGACUGAAACCUUGACUGCAUAUUAACAGAGAAGUAGAUCCAAAGUUACACUCACAUGCACUCAGAUGCAUGUGGUAGAAAGUUCACAUAGAUGGAUGUGUAUGUAGUAUUAUCCAAACAAAUGUGUAAGAGUUAUGUAAAAGGGACAACAUUUACAGUCUGAAAGAGAGCUUUUAUAUAUUAGUAAUUUGAUGAGAACUAGUUGUUAAGCAUUUAAUGACUAUCCCAACUUAUGGCAAGCACAGAUAGACAAUUCUUCAUGUUGCUAUGAGAGGGAACUUCACUGGAGUUGCCUCUUUAUGCGUUCAGAGCAUUUUAAUGUUGAUUUUGUUGUUUGUUAUUCAGUUCAUGAGAUGGUUAAGUGUUCCAGUAACAGGCCAGGUAAUGGGACUUGGAAACCUUGCAGUGGCUCUAUACUGUGGGAGAGCUUAAAAUACUAACUAAAUGCAAAGGGGUUGGGCAAGCCAGUAAGCAGAUGAAAAGUCUGAAGUUUCAUCCAAAAAGAAAAAUUUGAAAUAACUUUUCUACAAGAAGCAGACAAAAUUAUGGGGCAGUUUACUGCCUCUUCAGUGGUUUGGGUAACAGUUUGUGGCCCCAGGUAGAUCAACAUCCAGGGCAUGCUGUUAGACAUGCUGAGCUUUCAAUGCAGAGGUGAACUAAUGGAGCUUAGUAGAUUCUUGUGUAUCAUGUGUAAUUUAUGCUUCAAAUUCAAUUCAGCAAUUGUUCUUGGAGACUAUUGUGAAGUGAUCCUGGAUGGAUUCAGCUGCAUUCAAUAUGGUAAUCUGGAUAGGAAUGGGAACAGACCAGCUUUGCGAGUAUUAAGGUAGAAUUUGGAUGACCUAAUACCGGCUUAUAUAUUCCUAGAUUCCUGUAGGAUUCGGCUCAAGGGCCAUACCUGCUUCUUUUCAUGGAAUCACACCCAUACACGUAUUACCAGUAACCUACUUUCUAGGGGUAUGGGCAAUGUCAGAACAGCCUCAAAUGUUUGGGGACUUGAGAGUCUCACAUCCCAGCCCUGUCAUAAUCACACUUAAUAUCUACAAAUGACAGCCCACCACAUAUGUAUGAGGCUCAACUUAUUUAAAUGAAAUAUGGAGAGAUGCACAACAGUACUUUCAAAUGAAUAGACCAGAAAAUCUAACACAGGCUACAAUCUGGGAGAGUGCAUAAGCCAGACAGUGGGGUAGUCCUUAAUUGAAGUAACAAAGCCACCUAUAAGCUAUUGGAAGCAGAGGUAGCCAAAUCAGAACAGUAUUGUAAAAGUCACCACUAGUAUAAUGUAUAGGGAAUUUGUAAGAACUCAAAAAGACUACUUAGAAGUACAUUUUACCAGUACUUGCAAUAAAAAUAUUAUAAAUUUGAAAUAUACCCAUUGCUGAGAAGCUAAUAUACCAACUUAGGCUUCUGAAAGCACAAACUAGCCUAGAUACAUUUUACAUAAUUUGAAGGAUAUAAUGUAUAUGCAUAUUGGCAGGUUGGGAGCAUGCAGAGAUACGAAGGAAGAUGGGAAAGAACGAGAUCAAGUGCUCAUGAAUGGGAGAGGCAUUUUGUUUGAUAUUCCAUAGUUAUUUAUAUGCUGCUUUCUAGGAUGCAGAUUCUACCAAAGUGACUUACAACUAACAUAAGAACAACGAAAACUUCAGAAAGAAUAUUAACACAUUAAAAGUAUUAUCAGGGACCUUCCCUCAGGUUGAGGGUGGUCCUGGAACAAGAGCAGGUACCUGUUAUUAGUAUACCCGCCUCUUUCCCGGAAUCCUUCCCCCAGGGCAGUUGAUGGCAGAUGGCAGGGGAUAGUCCAUCUGGAACAGGCACUGAAUCCUUAUGGGGGCUGUUUCUUGCCCCCUUGUCUCUCCCCAUUCUUUUCCUCAUAUUUCUGCAGCUCUUGGAGGUUCCCCAUGCAUACAGAUACCUCUCCAUUGUGUGUGAGUGCUUCCAUAAAAGAAGAAAAUCUGGAGAUCUACUCGUGGAAUGCCUGCUUGUUUCUUUGAGCUACUGGCACCACCUACCAAAUUAGUUUAAAAACCUACCCUGAGAAAGUCCAUCCCAAGAAACACAGCUUUGUUUAAUAUGAGUGAGUGCCCUAGGCCCAGGGAAUAAUUUUUGGAUUGUGAGUCUUCUGCAUUAAAUUAUAGCCCAAUUUAGAUUUAGUGGAUGUACGUAGAUUUCUGAAGUGGUUGUGAAUUUAGCCUGUCAACUCUUUACAAAAUAUUUUUGGCUUCCAAAAAGAAUCUGCAACCCACUAACAGAAUUUUAUGUAAAUCCUCCACCAUCUGCUCAGUUCAGACAUUCUUAACAACAGUGAAAUAGCUUUCUUACAGAUUCUCCAUAUGUGCCACUGACUAUUACAGCUAUUAAUAAAGCAAAGUGCAUGUGAUGUCAUCUGAGUACCAGUUUUAGAACAAAUGUUUGUGCUUGUUCAUUCUCGGAAAUCAGCUUCCUGAAAGAACUUGAAUGUUCUGUGAAUGUUCGGUAUACUGCCAUCUGGUUUAUGUUUGUCACUCAGUGUGCAGGUCUAGACAGGUACUCGAGUAAUCAGAAAAGUGAGGGCUGAAGUUACGAGGAUGAACUAUAGAAGGAAUUAAUAAAGUCUUGAGGACUCAACAAUGGCUCCAUUAGUGACAGGCUUGGGGGCUUUGAUUAACCACUAUUGCCUGACUCUGAUAGAAACCUGAGUAUCUGCGUCCACUCAAGUUUGCACAGUUUCCAUUGGAUGUGAGAAGCAGAGGAAGGAGAAAUGAAGGAGAGUGUGGAAAAAGUACUGGCCACUUAUGACAUGUGAGGACCAGGUGGGACAAUAAGCACAACCCUGGGACAGAUUAUGCUCUAUGUUGAUGGGAUGAAUGGAGUAAUAAAUCACAAUGAAACAAUCCAGUGGCUGUAUACUCUCAUUGGAUCAAAGUUUCGCCUUGUUGUAAAGACAGCACUGAAGUUGCUCCUUGUUUUUGUGGAGUAUACUGAAUCCAAUGCACCACUUUUCAUUCAGGCCGUUUCCAUAGUAGAUGAAAAGAGGGAUCUGAAGGCAUGGUCCAAUGUCAUGGAGAUCCUGGAAGAAAGGGAUGGAGUUGACACAGAACUUCUGGUUUAUGCAAUGACUUUAGUAAAUAAGACAUUGGCCAGCUUGCCAGACCAGGAUUCCUUCUAUGACAUUGUUGACUGUCUGGAAGAGUUGGGGAUUGAAACUAUUUCCCAGAGACACUUGAACAAGAAAGGAGCAGAUCUGGACUUAGUAGAACAGUUCAACAUUUAUGAGAUGACACUGAGACACGAGGAUGGGGAUGACAAUGGUGAACCUCUUCCUAGUGGCCGCAAAGACAGAAGAAGAGCCAGUCUUGGCUGCAAUGAAUGGAGAGGACUGGAACGUAGAAGAAGCCGGAGACAUUCCGUUCAGAGUUUCAAGAGCACUUUAUCAGCUCCUACCAGUCCCUGCACUCAAUUGAGCCACAACUUCAUGUGUGGCCAUGGGCAGGGCACCACAGAUCUAAGUGAAAAAGAGGAAGAGUAUGAAGAGGAGAAAGAGGAGCAACCUGUCACAGAACCUAAUACAGAGGAUGAGGGGGAGGAAGAGGCUGCUAGGCAGGUCAAAGCCAGUGGGCUCCCAGAAAUACAGGAGAUUGAACAUGGCUCGCACAGUUCUAAGACUACAGCUACCUCAGGUGUACUUUCCCAGGAUGAAAGACUACCCUUGAGCUUUAGGGCAGAGGGUCCAUCCAGGAGCUCAUCAUCCCCUGUGCCUGAUUCAUUUGCUUCAUGCCAUUAUUCUCUUCAUUCAUCGCCCACAUCUGUUUCCAUCAACUCUUCCCCAAAUUCUUCUGUUACUCCAAAGGCAUCUCCAACUGCUGAGAAAUUACCUUAUGUACCGCAUAGCCCCUUUCACCUCUUCUCCUAUGAUCUUGAAGAGCCUUCAACAACAGUGAAAGAAAAAGAAGCAGAAGGGAUAAGGGAACACAGUCCUUCUGAAUAUUUGCAUGUGAACAAAUUUUCUGAAUUGUUCGAUCCUUUUAACUACCGAUCUUUGUCUUCUUCUAGGCCAUCCUUGGGUGGUCUCCUUACAUCAUCAUAUAGGCAGCACCAAGAGUCUUUGGCAGCGGAAAGAGAGAGGAGACGUCAGGAGAGGGAGGAGAGGCUGCAAAGGAUAGAGCGUGAAGAGAGAAAUAAAUUCAAUCGUAAUUAUCUAGACAAAAGAGAAGAGCUAAGACAAGCAAGAGAAGAGAGAUACAAAUACUUGGAGAAAUUGGCAGCUGAAGAGUAUGAAAAGGAACUGAGAAGUCGGAGUUUAUGUAGGGGCAGGAGUGACUUGUCCUUGAAUGUGAGUUCUUCUUCAGUCCCCUCUACUUCUACUCCCAAGUGUACCAGCCCAGCUUCAACAGAUUCUCAGGAAGAAUCUGUGACAUCUUGCAGGACUCCUCAAACCCAUGAAGUGAGUGGCAAUGAACCUGAAUGUGAACCAGAACCUGAGCCAGAGACGAAAACAGAGCAAGAGCAGCUCAAGCAGGGAAUAAAAGCACCCCAAGACGUAUUGGUCACAGAGGUGGAAUCAGAGGUUGAAGUGGAGCAAGGGCCAGAGCCAGAAGAAAGUGCAAUACUUAGUGAAAAAGAGAAGCAGAAUGAAGAUGUGAAUGAAAAGGACAACUGCUCUGCAUCCAGCAUAUCCUCAGCAAGCAGCACUUUAGAGAGGGAGGAAAGGGAGGAAAAAGUAACCAGUAACAAUGAAACUGUUUCAGGUCCAUGGUUACAGACCAUUCAAGAUGUUGGUGUGAAUGACCAGUGCAGCAACAUUCUCAACAACAAGCGGUUCAUGCUGGACAUGUUGUAUGCCCAUAACAAGAAGCCCAAAGAUGAAGAGAAUAAAGAGUUGGAGGAGAAGACGGAGGAAAAGGUUGUGGUGGAGGGAAGUGAAGAUGCUAUCACCAGCCUUGCCAGCAGGAUCUCAGUCUUGCAGGCCACCAAGCUGGCCAAAGAUGAAAGUGUCAAAAAAAUGGAUAUUGGGAAUUUGGACAAUCAGGGUAGUGUGAAAGCCUUUGCAGAAAGAUUCAGUAAUGGUGAGCUGGGCAAGACCUCAAACUUUCCUGAAAGUGAUUUUGGUGAAAAGGCCUCUGAAAAAACAGCAGCUCAGGCUAAGAAGGAAUCAGACUAUAUUUGGGAUCAACUCAUGGCUAAUCCAAGGGAACUUAAAAUCAAAGACAUGGAUUUUACGGACCUAAAGGAUGAGGAUGAUGUUGAUAUACUGGACAUGGAAAUGGUUCCUGGUGACUCUCUAGUCACUCCACCCCCUCCCCCACUUUCCUUUUUAGGUUUGCCUCCUCCACCCCCUCCCUUGUUUUAUGGAUGUCCCCCUCCUCCGCCACCGUCUGGUAAUUUAUUGGCUCCGCCUCCCCUAUUUGGCACUUCUCAGGGUUUAGGGUCACCUCCACUUCCUAGAGGUCAGCCAGCCUUUAUUAAAAAAAAGAAAACCAUCCGUCUUUUUUGGAAUGAGGUGAGACCAUUUGAGUGGCAAUAUAAGAACAACAAACGCUGCAAAGGAUUCCUGUGGUCAAAACUGGAGCCUAUUAAGGUGGAUACAUCCAAGUUAGAGCACCUCUUCGAGUCUAAAUCCAAGGAACUUCCUGUCACUAAGAAAACUGCUGCAGAUAGCAAGAGGCAGGAAAUCAUCGUGUUGGAUUCCAAACGAAGCAAUGCUAUUAAUAUUGGGCUGACAGUAUUACCUCCUCCAAGGACAAUCAAGACUGCCAUUUUGAACUUUGAUGAAUAUGCCUUAAAUAAGGAAGGAAUAGAGAAAAUUCUCACAAUGAUUCCUACAGAAGAGGAGAAGCAAAAAAUUCAGGAGGCUCAGCUAGCUAACCCUGAUAUGCCUCUUGGCUCGGCCGAACAGUUCCUUCUGACCCUUUCUUCCAUCACUGAACUUUCUCCUAGACUUCAGCUCUGGGCAUUCAAACUGGAUUAUGAACUUGUGGAAAAGGAAGUUGCAGAACCUCUUCUGGACUUGAAGGAAGGAAUGGACCAGCUGGAAAACAAUAAAACCUUGGGAUUUAUCCUUUCUACUCUGUUAGCCAUUGGAAAUUUUCUAAAUGGAACCAAUGCCAAAGCCUUUGAUUUGAGCUACCUCGAGAAAGUUCCAGAAGUGAAGGACACUGUGCAUAAGCAGUCUCUCUUACAUCACGUCUGUACAAUAGUGGUGGAAAAAUUUCCAGACAGCACAGACCUUUACUCCGAGAUUGGAGCCAUCACUAGGUCAGCCAAGGUGGACUUUGAACAACUUCGGGACAACUUAUGUCAAAUGGAGAAACGGUGCAAAGCAUCAUGGGAUCAUCUAAAGGCCAUAGCAAAACAUGAAAUGAAAUCAACUUUAAAGCAAAAAAUGUCUGAGUUCCUUAAAGACUGUGCAGAAAGAAUAAUCAUUUUAAAGAUAGUUCACAGAAGAAUAAUUAACAGGUUCCAUUCCUUCUUGUUAUUUAUGGGCUACCCUCCCUAUGCAAUCCGUGACGUCAACAUCAAUAAAUUCUGCAAAAUUGUUAGUGAAUUUGCUCUGGAGUAUCGCACCACCAGGGAACGGGUUUUGCAACAAAAGCAGAAGCGAGCCAACCACCGAGAAAGAAACAAAACCAGAGGGAAAAUGAUUACAGACACUGAUGAAGAAGAUAACAUUCAGUCUGGGAAAUUCUCCAACAGCUCUCCUACACCUCAGAAUCAACUACAAGGACUUCAGUAUGCUGAAGAUGCUGUGGAACAUGAGAACAUGAAGGCUGUCCUGAAGACAUCAUCUCCAAGUGGAGAGAACAGCACUGUGUUAGGAAUGCGCACUCGAAGCAGACCCAGUAGAGGCCGUAUUGCUUCAUGGAACACUGGCAAUGAUGAUUCAGCCAAUGCUACAGAUGAUGCAGCAGAUGAGAUAAUGGAUCGCAUUGUCAAGUCUGCCACACAAGUACCAAGUCAAAGAGCAGUGCCUAGAGAAAGGAAACGAUCAAGAGCAAACAGGAAGUCAUUAAGGAGGACCCUUAAGAGUGGACUGACUCCAGAAGAAGCCAAAGCACUGGGUCUGAUGAGCACUUCGGAGAUGCAAGUGUGAUGACAGCAUCCAAGUCACCAACAAGUAGAACCAUCUUCCUAUACAGGCCUGUGUACACAUGCACACACGCGCGCACACGUGAACGCACGCACACACAGCCAACAUUCUUUCAGCUGAAUAAUCUCUUACCAGUUCCAUCUGCUGCUCACCAUAUCCCAUAAUCAUUUUCUAGAUUCAUUUCCAUAACACUGAAGCAGGCAAAAACAACAUGUAGGCCACACAAAAGGCUAAAAAAAGAAGUGUGUAACUGACCCUUCGAAACUGAGAGAGUUGAUGUACAGGGUAGGGUUGUGGGUGAUUUGGAAAUUUUAUUCAGUCAUGCUGUAUUGAUGUGGUCUUUGAGAAGGUUUUCUGUGAGUUGUCUUGUAUUGUGCUAAAAAUAGUUUUCUUACUUUUUCUGUGGCCUGUUGUAGUAAUUGUAAAGUACUAUGUUUUGUCAAUUCACAGGCAGUCCUUUAAACAGGUAAACUAAGCGUUGUUACAGUUACCAUGAGCUUUCUAAAGAUAAUGUUGGUAACCAGAAAUGCAUUGUUAUUUUUAUCUUUCCACCAAAGAAUGUAAAAAUGUAUGUCUGUUUAUGUAUAUACUAUUGGAGUGUGUGCACGUGCACGUGUACAAACAUACCCCUAUGGAGUCCAGGUGCCUUUUACCCAUCCUGUCCUGGAAGAAGGGGGACCCUUUUUAUAGGAACUCAAGUUUCAGGAAGAAUUCUGCUGGAAUAUUUUUUGUCUUGGGAUCUGUCACAAACAUUCAUGUGCACAUUCUGUACAGUAGCACAUGUACACAGGGAUGGCACACAGUACCCGCCCAUCACUCUGCUCCAGAGAUGAAUGUAUAUAUAAAUUAUAGCAGUUUACCAACAAGAAGCUAGAGACAAAGGAUGGUUUGCUGACAAGGUCAGGCAGGAGAUCUGUGCAUCUGUGUGGGCCAACUGGGUUGCUUUCCUGAUCUGUUGUGACUAAGCUUAACAACAUCAAUCCCAGUGGGGACAUUUCAUCAGGGUUCUCCUGGAAACUCCUUGCCAGUUACAUUUCCCUUUCUUUCCCAGCCCAUGAAGAGCCUGUAAGGAGUAGAUCUGCUUUGGGUGUCUUCCUGUGCCCCAAAUAAAAGGGUUAUUGAAACAUCAAUUGACUUCCAUUCCAAAGGAGUAUUGUUUAAAGGAGGUAUUCAGAGAGAUUUCUUUCACCUAUUUCCAUUGAUCAACCCUUUUUCUUUUCAUAAGAAGCACACCCAUACUCAGCAAUUUGAAAAACUCAGGUUUAUUCAAUACCAUGCUUAGGUUUCCUAAGGAAUGGCAUGGAAGGAAACAUUUUAUAGUAAAACAUACCGCUAAGCUAGCAUAAUGAUCAAACAACUAUAACCAGCCUGCCAAUUGCCCAGCAUUGGUCAGUGCUUGAAAAACAAGGGGGUUCUUCUUCGUGGGCUCUGUGCUACACACAUAUGGGCAUCUGCACCUGUGCAAGGCCUAGAACAGGAAAAACUGAUCAACAUCUCAGCAUGCUAAAAUAGGCCAGAGCCCCUCCCCUUCUGGUUCCUGGGUCUAUAAGGGAAGGGCUCUGGCCCAGUCCCUCAGCUCCUGUUCAACCGCAUAUCUCAUAUAUUGGAAAUUCUUUGUUCCUUGCUUCUACCACUGAGUACCUUACUGCCGUUUCAAGUGAAUAUUGCAUUCCUAAAGGAUUCCAGUCACAGUGUUUAUACAGAAAGCCAAAUAGAGAACAUGCUACUGUAAGAAAAUAGUGAGACAGUAAUCUUUGUAUAAAUUAUCUCACACAAUUGCUAGAUUUUGUCCUGUUAUUUACUUGUCUUCCCUGUGAGGAUCUUUGUCUCUUGUUUGAGACUGUAAAACCUAACCGUUGGACUUCUGGACAAUGCAUUUCCUGUCAUUUUUUGGCACACUGUGAUUCUUAACAAUUCUGCAAUAAUAUGCAAGUCAUAUGUUAAUAAACCUAAUCAGGGUAUGUAUAUGACCAGAAAUAGGCAUUGGCUAGUAAAGUGAAGGAAAUUAAAUUUAUUUCCUGACCCUUAUUUCAAGAGGGUGAUAUCAGGCUUUGGCACUGAGUUGCUAAGUACUGGCUGUAAGAAACAUUUUCCUAUCUCUCCUGUGUAUCAUAAAACACUACAUUAUUGGAAGUUUCCAAUGGUUAGAGAAAACAGUUGGUAGGCACUUUUAGCUGGUUAAAAUAGAAAAAGGCAUAAAACAAUUAUAUUUACAAUUAGUACCAGUCUUCAUCCAUGAGAAAAUGCAAUCCAGCUCCUUUAAAAAUAUUUUUAAGCACUAGCACAUAGAUGGAAGGUGGGGUGGGGAAAUCUCCACCCUCAGCUGUUGCUGCAGUUUAUUUUGCCAUUGUUACUACAGGGAUUUAUGCCACAACUUCCAAUCAAAUCAUCAGGGCCCUUUCAAAAGGUUAUUUCUGUAUCAAGCAUUCUCCUCCUAAACACUUUUUUGAGGGGAGGAGGAGUAGUGGGUAUUUGAGUUAGGUGUUGAGACAUGUAGAAGUUUUUUAUAAACAGAUGGAAUCCAGAUGUAGCCCCCACCCCCUUCAACAUAUGAUGAAGACUUGUUUUACCUAUAACAACUACCCAGAGUACAGGUUGAAUAUGCAUUUAAUUGUGGGGAAAUAAGGAAAGCAUUGAAUUCAACCUAGUUUUAGGUCUGGUUUGAAUGCAAUGACCAUUCAGAGUGUGGGUUGUUAUUAUAUGUGAAGCCUGCGUCAUUGUUUAACUUAUGCAUUAUUAACAAUAAACAGCUCCAUAGUUUUUUUUUUCUGAGUUGCUGAUAUUUAAACUGUAGUAUGUGAUUCACACAUAAGGACAGCACACAACUCAGCCCACCCUCUGGGUUCUCAUUAAGUGCAAACGUAGGCCUAAAUUGAGGUUGGGCUCUCUUUUUUUCACCCCCACACCUGUUCCUGCAAAAAAUGGUGUUCUCAACUCCUUAACUGUUGACAGCGGCCCAGUCCCCAAAGUAAUACUUUUUACACAUAUAACAAAGAGUUGUUGAGUUCUUCCGGUUAGUUGACAACAUUCAAUGUGUAUUAAGUUGACAAUACUUAAUACACAUUGAAGUAUUUCUCCAAAAGGCUUCUACAGUAUCAGUGGAAUUGUUUCAUAGGAAGUUGGGCUAACAUCCAAAAUGCUACUGGGGAUCAUGCACAAAGUUUAUACUAUUCCAGUGGAAUCUGAUUUGGGAUCUAGCAAUCAUUGCAAAUCACAGUCUCCUGUUAUGUAAGCCAUCCUGAGGCUUUGCGAAAGGAUGGCAUAUAAAUAUUCUAAAUAAAUAAAUAAAUAAAUAAUAAAAAUUCUUUUAAGUUUCUAAAGCAGUUUGGCAUUAGGAUCCUGUUUAGGAAAACAAUAUACACUGACUGGCCCCAGGAAGUCCUGGAAUUAGUUCCAUUGGAACCUUGGCUGAGAUUUAUUACAAGAAAUUAGGUUUGCUCUUAUGCUACUUUUCUGCUUGUCUGUGAUUGACCCUUUUCUUGCCUUGCUAAUGAAAUGUAUUUAUACAUUGUAGCCAUGGUUAAUUCUGAAAUGCAGGUGCCCUUCAUGAUGGGUCCUCAUAGGCCUCACUUCAGGAAAAGUCCAAAAAUACAGACAGCUGUAUUGAUCAAUAGACCACUUCUAGCAGUCUUCAGCUCCACCAGGAACAGGUCUUUUUAAGUAUUACAAAAUCACCCAUUCAAGAGCAAGCCACCCCCAAAUUAUUUGCAUUAUAACAGGAAGCAGUAUAUUGUUGCAAAGAAAACUCUUUUCCUCCCACCUACUAUGAGGAUUGCAGCUAAGCACAGAGUGAGCAUGGAAAUCAACUGGGAGAGUGGUGGGUGACAUCAUCAUCCCUGCUGAGGAAGAGGUGCUGGUACUGAGUCCCUCCAAGCCCUGCUUUCACUAUAGCACAGGGCAUGAUUAUCCUAGCAAACACCUCAGGAAGGAAUGUUUUGCUACUUGAAGACAUUCUUAUAGCAGGAAGGGAAUCUGUACUUGCUAUAUGCUAUUGAAGAGAAAUUUCUCUGAAAUGUUCGAGUAAAAGUUGCUGCUUGCUUAACUGUAAAAAGAAGUCGGCUUUUUUCCUUGCUUUCUGCCCUUUUUAAAGACCUGCACUCACUGCUCACAGUGAUGUGAAGCUACCUCUGCAGCUUCCUACUGCUUGCACUUCCCAGACUACCUUGAGAGUAAUGCUACUUCCUACCAAGUCUUGUGACUUUGCUAUGCUGUCAGAAGGAAGUGUGACUGGUGGCAGCAGCAGAAGACUUUCUCCGCAUUCCCCUGCCAGCCACCCUUCCUGCAAUGCACUGGAAACAAUGUCAUAUUGCAUCCCUCCCAGGGCUUUCCAAAAAGUGCAGCUGGUAGGAUACUACAGAGUAAACUGUAUGUCUAUAUAGUGCAGUGCUUAAAGGGGGGAAGGGGGAAAUGACUGCUUGACCACCUUGUAAAGUUAAUAAUAAAAAUAAGUGGCAACACCCACUUCUCAGAUGCCUUCCUGCAGGAUUUUUAUGCUCUCCCAAGAAAUCAGUAGAAAAAUCAGCCCCUAUUUGUUGCAAAGGGAGAACAUUUUCGAGAAAUGGAUGGAAAAUUCAGCUCAAACUUAGUCUGCCAUUUUUAAGAUUUUUCAUUAAGGGGAGUCCCAAUACUCCUAUACUGUUCUUUUUAAGAUAUUGCUGCCAAGCAACUAUUCACACAUCUGGCUGAGGUUAUAUUAUUUCUUAGAUUAGAACAUAGAUAGAUUAUUAGCAUUUAUCAGCUGCUGCCAAAAAUGUGAUUGUUUCCAGGCUUUGAAACGGAGCUGUGUCUGAGUCAAUUUUGCUUUGUAUUUCUAAAGCUGAAGAAUGAUUGUCAGUGGCAAAAGGACAUUUCAAGCACAGUAGCCAUGCAGCCAAAAUGCCCAAAGGAAUUCCAUGCAAUAUGCUUCAAAGUGUGCAUCCACAAUGGAGUGUAUUUUUUUCACUCAUCACCACUGAACAUCCACAUCAUGGAUACCAGAUGUUAUGUAACUAGGGAAUUCUAGUUGUCCACUAAGCCACUAGCUGGCAUUUUCUUACAAGCUUUAAUGACCUUCCCUGCAUGGAAGGGCAAUGGAUAUUCUGCCAAAAAGUAGGAAAUUUGUCCUUUAUGGAUAAUGGAAUUUAAAAGGUGCACUAAAAGUAACCAUACAAUUUAGGCUUUGUUUAGAAGCACUACUUACAUAUUUUCCCCAGUCAGCUCAUUUCUUCAUUCCCUUUUUAAUUGUUGUGCUUUAUCGCCAUCUGUGUGGGAUGUUGUAACAUGGUGUCCUGCAACAGCAGAGGGUUGGACUCAAUGGCCUUCAUGGCCCCUUCCAAUGCUACUAUUCUAUGAUUCUGUGAUCGCAUGUUCAUGGAAUCAGAGCAUCAACAAACAGCAUCAGUUGUGUGCAUGCACGCAUACAACACAUGACGAAGGCAGAUGGUUCCGUCUCCUCCUUUCUUGGAAAUCUAUUGCACAUGAUUGCAGGCAGGGUGUCUUAAGAUGUGGAAUUUGGAAUACGGUGUAUACUUGAGCAGCUUCUGACUGUGUAAGGCAACACAAUCUGCCAAGUUUGUCCAUCACCCUUGAUAGGAUGGAGCACUCUGUAUCAUGAUGGCUUUAGGGGCCCAAUUCGCUAAAGAAAAGAAAAUAGCCUUUGUUAACUACAGCAGGACUCUCGAAUCUGACCCCCAUAUGUAUUGAAACAUAGUUCAGAAAGGCAUAUAAAUGGUCUAGAAAUUAAUUCUUUCACCUGUCUGUCUCCUGGCUCUUUAGUCCUGUGGGAUGUUUAUCUCUUUCAUGCUUCCCCACCUUCCCUUUUCACACAUGCCAGCUUUUCUCAGUCUGGCACCCUCCAGAUGUGCUAGACUAUAAUUCCCAUCAUCCCAAGCCUCCACUGUGUGUGUCCAGCUCACCUGGAAUACACCAGACUGGGGAAGGCUAAUAUGUGUGUGCACAUGCAUGCACACACACAAACAGGUUUCUAGAAAGCCAUACUUCACCAAUGAUCAUUCAAGAAUGCAGGUGCCAUUUUAAAGAUGAUAUUGAUGCAGUUCUGCAGAAGGACACAACAAAAAUAGCAAACAGUACAAUUCUAAAUGUUUUACUCAUGAGUAAAUCCCAUUGAGUUGAGUGGAGCAGCCUUCUUGGGAACUCUACAUGGAUAGACCUUUGCUCCCACAAUGAUAUGUGCUCCUAGGCUGUUGUGAGGAUAAGAUUGGGAGGAGGGGGAGGACUAUGUUAUCUGGCUUAUGUUAAUGGCAGGCACCUUCUCCUAAGAAGUACUUUAAUGGAUCUAUUCCAAUAAUUUCAGUGAGGCUUGUGCAAGGGGGUCAUCUGGGGUUGAUUCCACACCUUGUCUUCCAUGAUUUUCAAGCAGACUGGGAUUAUUAGUACCAGUAUAUGUGAAAAUUGGUUGUCCAUAUUUGUCCAAGAUUGCAUAUAAACCUUUUCACACUUGACAUCUGGAUUCAGUAAAGUAUGGAACACUUUAUGGUUUGCUCUGGUUGAAAUAAAGAUUUAUUUAUUUAUGUAUUUCAUCAGUGUACAUGCUAAAAUAGAUUUUCAGAAAAGCUCUCUCACAACAGUGCUUCUUUCCAUUGCUGGAGCUAGCAUUUCAAAUAUGUUUGAGGGGUGGGUUUGGUUCCUCUUCAGUUAAAUAAAAGUUUACUUACCUAACAUUCAAAUGAUCAUUCCUACUUACAUACAGGGCAAAACUCUUUACUUUUGAAAUGCGUUGUUACUUAAAUCUUAGGUGCAAAUGGCCCAUUGUAGCCAUCUUACAUUUUAACAGCUGUGAAAUGGAAGAACUCUGUUGUGAAGAAGCCCACUUGUGUCCUUGGAUUAUAUUUCUUUUUUAAAAUACUGACUUUGGACUUCUGAUGUCUCUUCUGUAAGCUGGGAAUUUUACAAAGAAAUAGCUGUAAAGUCAAAAAUAACAAGGUUCUAGGCAAAAGACAAUUGUAAAAAUGUGUAAAUGUUACUAGUCUGUUUUUUGUGUAGCAUAGUGUAAAAUACACUUUUUAGCAGUAUUAUUCUGUGAAUUAUACAAGCCAUCCUUCAGUAAGUAACCACAUGCACACAUGUACACCACUGUUUUGCUGUAUUCCUGACUGUAGGCAAAGUCUUAUAAAUGCUGAAUUCAGCUGUCCAGGACUUUCAUUCACCCAACAUAGUUUUACUUAGACUGAAAUUCUAUAACCACUUAUCUGGGAAUCUGCCCCACUGAACUAAGUGGUACUUAUUUGGAACUAGAGUGGUACAGGAUUUCACUAUCACUGGUGAAGUUGAAUUAAUUUUUUUGCAAAUUAACUACAUCCAAGAACACUGACACUCUGUUACAUCUUCAUGAGGUUUGGGCACUACUUUCAAGAAUACUGAGAGAGUUUCCUUUUUAAAGCACUCAUUAUUUGUCUCUUCUCCCGGCACCCUUUAGAUUUCCCUUUCUUUCUGAGCUAUGCAGAAUGGGAAUAUUGAUCGUUGACCUUUGCCCAUAUCCUCUGAUAUAUUUCAAGUUUACUUCUACUGCAUUAUGUAAACACAACUUGCAAUAAAGCUUUCUAAUGCA